UAAGACCUCAAGAUUAGUGUUUGCUGAAAAUUGGCAAUAUGAAGACGUGGAUUUGGCUAAUUUGCCUGACAGCGGUGGCUGUGACUGCUGAGACACCUCAGGAGGAUCCAGCCUUAGAGCUUUUGAAUUAUUUUCGAGAUCCAGAGCCGCAUAUAACGUUGAAACCAAAAUUAACCACGGCUGAUCGCAUUAAAGGCCAUGGUUAUCCUGCCGAAACCCAUCAGACCAUAACCGAGGAUGGCUAUAUCAUUACCAUGUUCCGCAUACCCUAUUCCCAUAAGCUACAAAAUCAAGACAAAUAUCGUCCCAUAGUCCUCAUACAACAUGGAUUGUUUAGCAGCUCUGAUGGUUGGAUGUUGAACGGGCCCAAUGAUGGCAUUGGCUUUAAUCUGGCCGAUGCUGGCUACGAUGUUUGGUUUGGUAAUGCCCGAGGCAACACCUACAAUCGCCAUCAUGUUUCCCGAUCGAUUAAUCAUCCCUACUUUUGGCGCUUUAGUUGGCAUGAAAUUGGCCAUUACGAUAUUGCGGCCAUGAUUGACUAUGCCUUGGCCAGAAAUGGCCAAGGCCAGGAAUCGAUACAUUAUAUAGGCCACUCGCAAGGUACCACGGUAUACUUUACCUUGAUGUCCACACGUCCUGAAUAUAAUGGAAAAAUUAAGACAGCCCAUAUGUUGGCACCGGUGGCUUAUAUGAGCAACAUGGAGGAUAAAUUGGUAAAAACUUUGGCUCCCUAUUUGGGGCAUCACAAUGUCUAUUCGGCUCUCUUCAACGAUCAAGAGUUUUUGCCCCACAAUGAGUUGUUUACCAAAUUGGCCUAUAAUGCCUGCGCCCCGGGUUCACGUGUACAUGGUCUAUGCAACUCCAUUGGUUAUAUGCUGGAGGGGCCUGAAACGAAUAGUAAUACGAGUGUCUUCCCCAUUUUGGCUGAAACUCAUCCUGCUGGCUGUUCCACCAAUCAAAUUUGUCAUUAUAUGCAAGAACAACAAUCCGGCUGUUUCUGUCUCUAUGACUUUGGUGUAGCCAAAAAUCUUGAUGUUUAUGGCCACCCCCUUCCUCCUGCAUAUCCUGUCGAAUUGAUUACUUCCCUUGUGCAUUUGUGGUAUAGCGAUAACGAUGACUUGGCUGCUGUAGAAGAUGUUGAGCGUCUUGCUCAAAAAUUACCCAAUAAGGUGAUGCAUCACAUGGAAGAUCCCACCUGGGCUCAUGGUGACUUUUCCACCCACAAGGAAGUUAAGAAAUAUAUCAAUGAUCCAAUUAUAGAUAUAAUGGAAGCCUAUGAAAAAGAUUUACUAAACGUAUAA